GGCGCGCGCGGGCGCGGCGGCGAGCGGAGCCGGGCAGAGCCGCGCCGUGCCGAGCUAGCCGUAGCUCCGGCCUCAACCGCCGCGAUGCUGGACCCGUCGUCCAGCGAGGAGGAGUCGGAGGAGCUGGUGGAGGAGGAGAGCGGCAAGGAGCCGCUGGCUCCCGCCGCCGCCCGCCUCUCGCCCAGCCGCCCCGGCGAGAGCCCCGGCCCCGGCGGCGGCGGUGGCGGCGGCGGAGGGCUGCAGCCGGGCGGGCGCGCCGGGGGAGCGGCUCGGCCCGCGAGCCCCAGCCCGUCGGUGGCCAGCGAGAAGGAGAAGGAUGAGCUGGAGCGGCUGCAGCGCGAGGAGGAGGAGAGGAAGAGGAAGCUGCAGCUCUACGUCUUCGUCAUGCGCUGCAUCGCCUACCCCUUCAACGCCAAGCAGCCCACCGACAUGGCCCGCCGGCAGCAGAAGAUUAGUAAGCAGCAGCUCCAGACAAUCAAAGAUCGUUUCCAGGCCUUUCUCAAUGGAGAAACCCAGAUUGUGGCAGACGAAGCAUUUAUAAAUGCUGUCCAAAGCUACUAUGAGGUGUUUCUGAAAAGCGACCGCGUUGCAAGGAUGGUGCAGAGCGGGGGGUGCUCAGCCAAUGACUCCCGAGAGGUCUUCAAGAAGCACAUUGAGAAGAGGGUGCGCAGCCUGCCCGAAAUCGAUGGCCUCAGCAAGGAGACGGUCCUGAGCUCCUGGAUGGCCAAGUUUGACGCCAUUUACCGCGGCGAGGAGGAUCCCCGCAAGCAGCAGGCCAGGAUGACGGCGAGCGCUGCCUCCGAGCUCAUCCUCAGCAAGGAGCAGCUCUACGAGAUGUUCCAGAACAUUCUGGGGAUCAAGAAAUUUGAGCAUCAGCUGCUGUACAACGCUUGUCAGCUGGACAACCCAGAUGAGCAAGCAGCGCAGAUCAGGCGUGAGUUGGAUGGACGUCUGCAAAUGGCAGAGCAAAUCGCCAAGGAACGCAAGUUUCCCAAGUUCGUGUCCAAAGAAAUGGAAAACAUGUACAUCGAGGAGCUGAAGUCGUCUGUCAAUCUCCUGAUGGCCAACUUAGAGAGCAUGCCUGUGUCUAAAGGAGGCUCCGAGUUCAAGCUACAGAAGCUGAAGCGUAGUCACAACACCUCGAUAAUUGACAUGGGAGAAGAAAAUGAGAACCAGCUGUCCAAGUCAGACGUUGUGUUGUCGUUCUCCUUGGAGGUCGUCAUCAUGGAGGUGCAGGGUCUGAAGUCAUUGGCCCCCAACCGCAUCGUGUACUGCACCAUGGAAGUGGAAGGUGGUGAGAAACUGCAGACUGACCAGGCUGAAGCAUCAAAGCCCACCUGGGGCACCCAAGGAGACUUCACGACAACCCAUGCGCUUCCUGCAGUGAAGGUGAAGCUGUUCACAGAGAGCACGGGUGUGCUGGCGCUGGAGGACAAAGAGCUUGGGAGGGUUGUUCUCCAUCCCACUCCCAACAGCCCAAAGCAGUCAGAGUGGCACAAAAUGACAGUUUCAAAAAACUGCCCAGAUCAAGACCUGAAGAUCAAGCUUGCUGUACGAAUGGAUAAGCCCCAAAACAUGAAGCACUCUGGAUAUUUAUGGGCCAUUGGUAAAAAUGUUUGGAAGAGAUGGAAGAAAAGAUUCUUUGUCCUGGUGCAGGUUAGUCAAUAUACAUUUGCUAUGUGCAGCUACCGGGAGAAAAAAGCUGAACCUCAAGAGCUGCUGCAGCUCGACGGAUACACUGUGGACUACACCGACCCGCAGCCAGGUUUGGAAGGUGGCAGAGCAUUCUUCAACGCUGUGAAGGAAGGAGACACAGUGAUUUUUGCAAGUGACGAUGAGCAGGACCGCAUCCUGUGGGUCCAAGCCAUGUACCGAGCCACCGGCCAGUCUCACAAACCUGUGCCGCCUACCCAAGUGCAAAAGCUAAAUGCUAAAGGAGGAAACGUUCCCCAGCUAGACGCCCCAAUCUCUCAAUUUUCUGGACUCAAGGAUGCAGAUAGAGCUCAAAAGCAUGGCAUGGAUGAAUUUAUCUCUUCCAAUCCCUGUAACUUUGACCACGCUUCACUCUUUGAGAUGGUUCAGCGCCUCACUUUGGACCACAGACUUAAUGAUUCCUAUUCUUGUCUGGGCUGGUUUAGUCCUGGCCAGGUCUUUGUGCUAGAUGAGUAUUGUGCACGUAAUGGAGUGAGAGGCUGUCACAGACAUCUCUGCUACCUCAGAGAUUUGCUAGAGCGCGCAGAAAACGGAGCUAUGAUUGACCCCACCUUACUUCACUACAGCUUUGCCUUUUGUGCAUCACAUGUUCAUGGCAACAGCCACCACAUGGCAGAGUUGCUUGGCGGGUCACAGCCAAGCACAGACGGCGAGGGGGGCAAAGUGUCUCAACCCUCCGCUGCUGAAGUGGAGACAAAAAAGGAUUCCAAAAAGGAGUCCAAAAAAAGGAAAGAUUCCAAAUCCCAGCCGAAUCCAGAGCCAAAAAGGCCGGAUGGGAUAGGAACGGUAACCGUCGAUGAGAAAGAGCGAUUUGAAGAGAUCAAGGAGCGGCUGCGUGUGCUUCUGGAGAAUCAGAUCACGCACUUUAGGUACUGCUUUCCAUUCGGCCGUCCAGAAGGUGCGCUAAAAGCCACUCUAUCGCUUCUGGAAAGGGUUCUGAUGAAAGACAUAGUUACUCCAGUCCCUCAAGAGGAGGUAAAAACAGUCAUCCGUAAAUGCUUGGAGCAAGCAGCUCUAGUCAAUUAUACUCGACUAUCAGAGUAUGCCAAAAUUGAAGGGAAAAAGAGAGAAAUGUAUGAGCAUCCUGUCUUCUGCUUGGCCUCUCAAGUGAUGGAUUUAACCAUUCAGAAUCAAAAGGAUGCAGAGAAUGUAGGCCGGUUAGUCACACCAGCUAAAAAGUUAGAAGACACAAUACGUCUGGCAGAAUUGGUAAUUGAAGUCCUCCAACAAAAUGAAGAGCACCACGCAGAGGGGAAAGAGGCCUUUGCUUGGUGGUCAGACUUAAUGGUUGAGCACGCGGAGACCUUCCUGUCGCUGUUUGCGGUGGACAUGGAUGCUGCGUUAGAGGUGCAACCCCCCGACACGUGGGACAGCUUUCCGCUCUUUCAGCUUCUAAACGAUUUCCUCCGUAGUGACUAUAAUUUGUGCAAUGGAAAGUUCCACAAACACCUCCAAGACCUGUUUGCUCCACUUGUUGUUAGAUAUGUCGAUCUGAUGGAGUCCUCAAUUGCACAGUCAAUUCACAGGGGCUUUGAGCGGGAGUCAUGGGAGCCAGUAAAGAGUUUAACAAGUAAUCUGCCCAAUGUGAAUCUACCAAAUGUGAAUCUCCCUAAAGUACCAAAUCUACCAGUUAACAUCCCGCUAGGCAUCCCACAAAUGCCUAGCUUUUCUGCACCGUCAUGGAUGGCUGCUAUUUAUGAUUCUGACAAUGGAUCAGGCACCUCAGAAGAUCUGUUCUGGAAACUGGAUGCCCUACAGACCUUCAUCCGGGAUUUGCACUGGCCUGAGGAGGAGUUUGGGAAACACUUGGAGCAGCGCUUGAAGCUUAUGGCGAGUGACAUGAUCGAGUCCUGUGUGAAGAGAACCAGGAUUGCAUUUGAAGUAAAACUGCAGAAAACCAGCCGAUCAACAGAUUUCCGAGUCCCUCAAUCAAUAUGCACCAUGUUUAAUGUCAUGGUAGAUGCCAAAGCUCAGUCAACAAAGCUUUGCAGCAUGGAAAUGGGCCAGGAGCACCAGUACCAUUCAAAAAUAGAUGAACUAAUUGAGGAAACUGUCAAAGAAAUGAUAACACUCCUAGUGGCAAAGUUUGUCACCAUUUUGGAAGGAGUCUUGGCCAAACUGUCUAGAUACGAUGAAGGAACUUUGUUUUCUUCUUUCCUGUCAUUUACUGUGAAGGCUGCUUCCAAAUACGUGGAUGUACCCAAGCCGGGGAUGGAUGUUGCUGAUGCCUAUGUGACAUUUGUCCGCCACUCUCAGGAUGUCCUGCGUGAUAAGGUCAAUGAGGAGAUGUAUAUAGAAAGGUUAUUUGAUCAAUGGUACACCAGCUCCAUGAACGUCGUCUGCACCUGGCUGACGGACCGCAUGGACCUGCAGCUGCACAUCUACCAGCUGAAAACGCUCAUUAGGAUAGUGAAGAAAACAUACCGGGAUUUCCGAUUGCAAGGCGUGCUGGACUCCACCUUGAACAGCAAAACCUACGAGACCAUUCGGAACCGGCUGACAGUAGAGGAGGCCACGGCGUCGGUCAGCGAGGGCGGAGGGCUCCAGGGGAUCACCAUGAAGGACAGCGAUGAGGAGGACGAAGAGGAUGACUAGGGCAGCUGGCCCGGCGUCCGUGCAUGUACCUCGUCCAUAACUCAGUUAGCCACAUUAGGAAUUCUUCUGUCAGCUCUAAAUGCCCAUGAGAAGUUUACCAAUACAAAUGCCAUGUUAGCUGUGUGGUAAUAAGGUUAGCACCUCUCUUCGAUUCAUUGGUUUCCUGAUUUCAUAUCUGUAUGUUCAUAAGCAAUAUGGAGCACCAUUGUUUAAUACUGUUAAUGGAAAAUUACAUAGAAAACAUACUAGGUGUGUCCCUGUUAUAAUUAAACAAUGCUUCAUUAAUGUACUGUAUAUACAUUGAUGGUAAAUUGUUGUGAAGAUGAGUGAAUCGAGUCCUUUCAUCUCUUUGUUUCUCUUCUGUGGAUGCCAACUGCUUAAAAUUAAUAAAUAAAUAAAAAACCAGCUUUGUUUUUAAAAGAAAAAUGAGGCAAUUACAAAUGAUUUUUUGUUCUCUCUGUUCAUUUAAAAACCAGAAAACAAACAAACCCAGACAGCCGUUUGAAUCAUUCUGCAUCCUUGUUAAUAUCCCAGGCUCUUCCCUUCAAUAUGCAGUUAACUCCAUGAAGGCUACAUCCCAAAGGAUUAGUCAUUCUAAUUGCCACACCAGAUUAAUCCUAUCAUUAUGGAUAUAUCAUGCCACAUUACAAGUCCAAAGCAGUUGUUUUAUGUUGACAUUUGCUCCUCUAAAUGUUACACUUUUGUUUAAAUCUCAAAUAACCGUGUAUGUACAAAGACAACUUUAAUUACAACCUUAGACUAUACAAAUGUGUUUAUAAUUAUAUAUUGAAUAUUUAUUUCAGUAGAUUGUAACCAUAAUUUACAACUCCUCUGUUCAACAAUGGUUUUUAUAUAUGUCAUGUACAUUGCAUUUUGAGCAGUAACUGCAUGUCCAUCAAUCCCCCUUCCGGAGCUCUUCUUUCUGUGUAAAAUAGUGAUAAUCCAUCUUGCUUUUUUUGCCUUAUACAAGCCGACAGUUGUAAAAGUGUGAGAACUGUGGCUUCUCAAUAAAUAACUAUUCAGAUGUCCUAAGAAUAAAUUAUGGAGUCUUUUUAUGUCUGCCUUAGAAAAAAAUAAUAAUAACAAGCUGAGAUGUAAGAGCCCCCACCUCUCAGAAUAAAGGCAUUUUCUUUUCUCA